GUCGUUCGCUCGUUUUGUUUGUUGUAUCAAUUUGUAUGGUCAAUUAUCAAUUAACCCUCGUUAAUAAUGGUCUGUUGAUUAUUAAAAAGCAGUGCUCUGUGCUGAUACUAUCGAUGUGCACUGUGAAGCUUGUGUGAAAGAUGGCAGCUGGUGGUGAGGAGCUAUGGCGCGAGUGCGCGUCCUGGCUGACGAGAUGUGGGCUGCUGCGUCCGGAUCACAAGGCCAACUGGGAUACGAGCACUAUCCACGAUCUGGCAUAUAUCCUGCGCGACGGGGUUUUACUCUGCAACCUGCUAAACGUGUUGCACCCUGGCUGCAUCGACAUGAAAGACGUGAACCAACGGCCUCAGAUGGCGCAGUUUCUGUGCAUGCGCAACAUCAAAGUGUUCCUGCGCACAUGCCAUGAAGUAUUCGAGCUUCGAGAAACAGACCUGUUCGACCCGUCGAUGCUCUUCGACCUGUCCAAUUUCCACCGCGUCCUGUGUACGCUGGCCAAGCUCAGCCAGUGCCCCAAGGCGCUGGCCAAGAAUAUCAAGCCUUUUUCGGCACAUCGGACACAAUCUGAAGAAGACAUCUACAAAGAUCUGCAAUCUGUCAACGCGUGCGCGCCUAGCACGGACGAAGGCGAGUACGCGAGCUACUGCGCGCGCAUCCACGAUGAGGAGAUCUACCACGACCUCUGCGUUGUCAAGAGCGCUGCUCGCGAACCCCGCCUCCCGCUACACCCGCCUGCUUUCAACUCUUUAGCAAUAUCAUCGCUAAGUCUCGAGAAGAGGGACUACGUGAUUCGCGAACUUGUGGACACAGAAUGCAACUACGUCGACGUGUUAAGCAAGAUCAUCAAGUACUUCAUGCGGCCGUUGUCGCCGUUCCUCAAGCCGCAGGAUGCGCAAGUUAUAUUCUUUGGCAUUAAGGAACUCCACGAUAUACACUCGGGUCUCCUUAGUCAACUAAAGUUAGCCACAGAAGCGUGCGUGCCGGGUAGUGGCGCGCCGCGAUUGGCUGACGUGUUUCUCGUAUGGCGGGAGAAGCUUCUACUGUACGGAGACUACUGCUCUAACCUGACUACAGCUCAAGAUACACUAAAGACGCUUGAUGCCAGGGAUUCCACUUUCAGCAAACAGCUGGCAAAAUGUCAAAAGGAGCACAGCGACGGCCGGAUACAGCUGCGCGACAUUCUAUCGGUGCCGAUGCAGCGGGUGCUCAAGUACCACCUUCUGCUGGACAAGCUGGUCCACGAAACGCAGCCCAAUCACGAGGAGUUCCGUGGUUUAGAAAGAGCGAAAGAGGCAAUGGUCGACGUGGCACAGUACAUCAAUGAGGUGAAAAGAGAUAGCGAAGUGUUAGCGCUGCUGGCUAAAGUUCAGGAGAGUAUAAUAGACUGGGAGGGCGGCGCUUUGGGCGCGGGCGGAGCGGGGCUGGCGGCGUACGGGCGACUGCUGCUCGACGGCGAGUUGCGCGUGCGCGCGCACGAGGACCAGAAACUGCGCUCGAGAUACGUUUUUGUGUUCGACAAGCUUAUGCUGCUGUGUAAACCUGUGAAGGAUAACCAAUACUCGUACCGCGUUGGCAUUCGCCUAGCCGAGUAUCGCGUAGAGGAAGGCUGCGGGAGACGGACGCUGCGUACGGACGCACGCUGGGCGUCUCACUUCUACCUGGUGCGGCGGACGAAAGAUGCCACUUUUACGCUGUACGCACGCACUGAAGACUGCAAACGGAAAUGGGUUAAAGCCAUUCGAGAUGCCAUCGAUAAUUUGGAACCGGCAGGCUGCCGCAGCACUAACCACAAGUUCGUGCUGCACACGUUCGAGAAGCCCGCCACCUGUCAUCACUGCUCCAAAUUCCUCAAAGGCAGGAUAUUUCAGGGCUACCUGUGCACGGUGUGCAAUGCGUGCGCGCACAAGGAGUGCAUCGCGCUGUCGGGGCGUUGCGGCGGUGGGUUGGCCGUGGCGCCGCCGCUUCCCCCCCACAAUCACCUCCCCGACCAGGGCCUGCACUACUAUAUGUGGUUCGUUGGUGAAAUGGGCCGCGAGGUCGCGACGACGCGGUUGCAGCGGCGACUCGAGGGCACCUUCCUGCUUCGUCUCAGGCCGAAUCCCACGCACAUCACCGACACCGACACUGACUACGCGCUCUCACUCAAGACGGACAACACGGUGAAGCACAUGCGCGUUUGCUGCAAGCCCAUCGACCAAGUGCCGCACUACUUCCUCUCCGAAUCGCGCUUCUUCCGCUCCAUCGUCGAGCUCAUCUCCUACUACGAGAAAACCACCCUCUCCGAAAACUUUGUCGGGCUAAAUUCGAACCUGGUGUGGCCGUUCCGGCGAGUGGUGGCAACAGUAAUUCACGACUUCCGUCCGCUGGAAUCGUCGCAGCUGGCGCUGCGGCCUGGGGCCAAGGUGUUGGUGGUUAGCAAGGAGGGCGACAGCCGCGGCUGGUGGAAGGGUCGCACGCUGGAAAAGGUGACUUUUUUAUUAAGAACUAUUGCCAUAAAAAGGUUUCGUUCUCACUACGACAAAUCUUUCUCUUCGUAUUUAUCACGUCAAACCUACAGUUGGCGACUACCGAUCCGGGAGUGCCUGUUCGAGCGCGAGUACCACUACCAGCCUGCGCCGACGCAGCCGCAGCAGCAGCCGAAACCGCGGCCGCGGCAACGAUCGCACUCCCAAUCGCGACUGCAUUCGCGUGCGUUGCCUGCGCCUGAAGAUGCUGACGACCUCGUCUAA